CGCUGCAAGGCGCGGGUGAAUGCACUGGCCAUCGCCGUGAUGAACAUGUGGCCGGGCGUGAAACUGCGGGUGACCGAGGGCUGGGACGAGGACGGGCACCACCUGCCCGAGUCGCUGCACUACGAGGGGAGGGCGCUGGACAUCACCACGUCGGACCGCGACCGCGACAAGUACGGGCUGCUGGCGCGCCUGGCCGUCGAGGCCGGCUUCGACUGGGUGCACUACGAGUCCAAGGCGCACGUCCACGUCUCCGUCAAGGCGGGUGAGGGGCAGCGCCCGGGCUCCCUUCCCGGAGAGGGGCAUGCCCCCGCCCCGUACCUCGGUUUCCCCUCCCUCCGUAUGCAUCAGUUUCCACCCUUUCCCCGUGCCUCAGUUGCCCCAUCCUUCCCGUGCCUCAGUUUCCCUCCCUGGAGCCCAGGUGCUUCCCCGCGCCCGUAG